AUGGGCUAUAAGAGACAUUUAAAGACUGCAAGAUCGAUGUUUUUAUUGAUCACCCUGCUGAUAGUUCUUCUUAAAGGAGUAACAGCUGGUAAGUAUGAACUCUUGUUUAUGUAAAAGUCUACACACCUCCGUUCAAAUGCCAGUUUUCAGUGAUGUAAGAAAAUGACUGAAAGAUAAAUAUUUUCACAACUUUUUCCACCUUUAAUGUGACCUAAAACCUGUGCAAUGCAGUUGAAAAACAAACAGAAACCUUUAAGGGGAAGAAUUAAAAAUAGAAAAGUUAAAAUAACCUGGUUGCAUAAAUAUGCACACCCUUAAACUAAUACUUUGUUGCAGCACCGUUGGCUUUUUUUUACAGCACUCAGUCUUUUUGGGUAGGAGUCUAUCAGCGUGGAACAUCUUGAUGUGACAAUAUUCGCCCACUUUUCUUUGGAAAACCGCUCCAAAUCUGACAGAUUGCGAGGGCAUCUCCUGUGCCUCUUCAGAUCACCCCACAAGUGUUCGAUGGGAUUCAGGUCUGGGCUCUGGCUCAGCCACUCCAAAGUCUCAAUCUUAUUCCGAUGUGUGCUUUGGGUCAUUGUCGUGCUGAAAGAUGAAGUUCCUCUAAGGCUGAAGGUUUUGUGCCAACACUGACUGGUAUUUGGAACUGGUCAUAAUUCCCUCCACCCUGACUAAGGCACCAGUUCCAGCUGAAGAAAAACAGCCCCAAAGCAUAAUGCUGCCACAACCAUGCUUCACUGUAGGUAUAGUGUUCUUUUGGUGAUAAGCAGUGUUGGUUUUGCGCCAAAUAUUCCUUUUGCAAUGAUGUCCAAAAAAUUCAACUUUGGUUUCAUCAGACCAUGAGACAUUUCAGAUGUCUUUUUGCAAAAUUAAGCCGGGCUUUGAUGUUUUUCUUUGUAAGAUAAGACUUCCGUCUUGCCACCCUACCCCAUUGCCCAGACAAAUGGAGACAGCGGCAGAUUGUUGUCUCAUGUACUACACAGCCAGUACUUACCGGAAAUUCCUGCAGCUCCUUCAGUGUUGCUGUCGGCCUCUUGGUAGCCUCCCUGACCAGUUUUCUUCUUGUCUUAUCAUCAAUUUUGGACGGACGUCCUGUUCUUGGUAAUGUCAUCAUUGUGCCAUAUUUUCUCCACUUGAUGAUGACGGUCUUCACUGUGUUCCAUGGUAUAUUUAAUUCCUUGGAGAUUCUUUUGUAGCCCUCACUUGACUGAUGUCUUUGAAUAAUGAGAUCCCUCUGAUGCUUUGGAAGCUCUCUGCAGACUAUGGCUUGUGCUGGAAGAUGUGGCUACAAAAAUGUCAGGAAAAGCUACGAGAACAGCUGAACUUUAUUUGGGGUUGAUCAGAGGCACUUUAAUUGGUGACAGGUGUGUGCUGACUCCAAUUUACCCUGAGUUUGAAUGUUAUUGGUUAAAUCUGAACUCAGCCACAUCCCCAGUUAUAAAAGGGUGUGCACACUUCUGCAACCACAUGAUCUCAGUCGUUUAUUUUUACUUCACCUCCCUGAAAGAUUUCUGUUUGUUUUUCAAUUGUGUUGUACAGGUUAUAGGUCACAUUAAAGGUGGAAGAAGCUGUGAAAUUAUUUAUCUUGAUUUAAUUUUUUUACAUGACAAAAACCUGACAGAUGAACAGGGAUGUGUAGACUUUAUAUCCUCUGUAGCUGGCUUAUUUCGCACAAGUUGCCACACAACAGCUGUUUACACACCGACCUGCUACAACAUUACAGACACCUUUAUAAUCUAAUGCAAUGCAACACAGCAGCUCCACCUUAAACUGUGCUUUCACUGUACCAGCUGCUGAGAUAGUCAACAAGGUGAUAACUGGUCUUUAAACUGAUUGUGUGUUAUUGGUGUACUUCAUAUUUUGGAUAUAAGGACACUUAAAGUCAGCCACCACAAACCAUGAUGUCUUUAGUUUUAAAUAUAAAAGAAGAAUAAACCAUUUGGCAAUCAUGUGAAAAGAGACUAAGUACAGUUUGUGGUAGGGCUGCAUGUGUUCAUUGUGUUUUGGUUGGUAGGUGUAUUUAACGAACAGGUCUGUCUGUCUUCAGCAAACAAUGUUUUUACUCUGUCAAUUUUCACUUUUCAGAUGAAGAGCAACAUGUCGAUGAUGGACCGGAGCUUAAGGUAAUUUAUGAUAGUUUGCACAUCACACCCUUAAAACCACCUGAUUGGCUCGACUUGUAAGAGAAAGAAGCAUGUUAAAGGGAUAUUCCGGUGUCAAAUUAAGGGUCAAACACUGAGUUUACACACCCCGUCGAGAGAUGAAUGUUGGCGACUGCUUGCUUCUCUAGUUAUACCAACUCUAGUAACGACCGCAGGAUAGCAAUACAGAGAGCCACGUGCUAAGACCCCAGGUCCACCUCUUUCUUCAUAAUAACUUCCUGUUCGUCCCUCUAGUCUUACCAUGACCCAGAAUCAGAUGAGGAAGGCGUUCAUCUAGCAGCAGAUAUUGUGUCUCGUCCUGCUGUGAGCUCUGGUCAUGAUGUAUCCCAGCCAGAAGAAGAGAAACAGCCACCUGAGGAUGGAAUACCGGGAGAGGAGAAAGAGGACCUGCCUGAGCAGCCUCCUCCAGCUCAAGAGAAACCUAAAGAAGGUAAAGACUCAAACCACUAAUAAGUGAGUUCGUUGGUUUAUUUCUGUCCAAUAUGACACAUGAUAACAUGAAACACGGCUCUUUCUUUUUUGUUGUGAAACUGGAAUUUAGUUUCGAGCUUCUCUUGAUUGUUUACCAGACUAUUUAGCUGUUGUUUGUGUUCUUGACUUGUGUUUGCAUCUUUACAUAUCUGUGAGACAGAGGUCAUGAGUGGGCAUACAUUUUGCCUCUGAGAAAAAGCAAGUGUCUAGUAGUGGUUUUACCUUUACAUUUCGAGCCAGGAACGAAAUGAGUCACAGAUAAGAGCCUCCACAAUAAGAGAGGGUUUUAUGUAUUCUUUGCACUUUAAAACGAGCAGCUGCACAUCAACACCUGCAGGGACAUCGCUUAGAUUUUGAAAUGAUAUGCAAAAUUAUCAUCAGGGAUGUUUAAACCUGAAAGGCUCCAAAUGGCUGCUUAAUGAGAGUUUGUGGGCCAUCAGGCAUCUGCUUUUUAAAAAAAGAUUGAUAUUAAUGAAAAACAGAGUUUGAUUUGGAUGAUUUAUUCAACUAAGGCUCUUCAAAUUCUAAUCAUUUUGUUCAGUGUUUGGAAAUUUGUGGUUUAAGCAUUCAGGACAUCUAGACUAAUAUUAGGUAUUUCUGAACCACGUGGGCGUUGUGUCGCCGCGCCGUCUCUCUGUCGCUCUGUCAACCUCCUAAUGUCUCGGGGCGUUUUUCUGCGUGUUAAGCACAUGUGCUCAUGAGAACAGUUCUGUGUGAUUUUCGAGCUUUGCUGAGUCUCGACACAUUAACCUGUUUUCUGUUUAGCUGAGCACAGAUGUGUGCGGUCUCAGGGCAAUGCCAGAUUAGAUCAACGGUUGAACCUCUGGGGAAAUUAACAGUACUUUGCACCUGUGGCUCCUCUUGCAGGCGGUUACAUCAUAUUUCUUGGGAGCUGUUUCAGUUUUUCAGCGUGUUUUGCUCAGAACUGAUUAUAUCGAGCUUUUUUAGCAAUGGAGAUUGACUGACAUCAUUUAGAUCAACUCUGAAUAUGUAGUUUGAAGUUGUAAACCUGUACAGAGCAACAAAGCCUUUUUACUUUAAUAUUUUUGUGCGAUUUCUAAUCUUCAUUUCUUUUACAGUUCCUGUGGUGAAUGGAGGUACAGCCCAGGGAGAGCCUUGCCUCUUCCCUUUCCUCUUCCAGGGUAAGGAGUAUUCAGACUGCACUACUGACGGACGCGGAGAUGGGCGGCUGUGGUGCGCCACGACUUACGACUACGAUCAGGAGAAGAAGUGGGGAUUCUGUGAGAGUAAGUCUUCAACAUAAUAACUUAGCUCGUAUGAGGUUAACACUCUCCGAAAAGCAAAUGCAGCUUAAUAACAAUUUAUAACCUUGAGUGUCAAAACUGGAAAUGCUGCCAUUAAUCUUCUCUGCAUUGGUGUAGAUGAUUAUUGCAGUGUGAUUGCGUCAAAUCAGGAUGAAUUGUUGUAGAUUUUUUAGAACUGAUUGUUAUUUUUACACCAUAGUAACAAAAAAAAACCCAGAAACUAAAGAUGAAAACACGCCAGAGGGAACGUCACGGUUUCAUUUCCACAGUUACUUUAAUUCGCUCCGCUGCAGCAAAGCUUUUAAACUUUUCUUUUUUCUAACUUAAUGUUCUUAUUGACUUUCCUCUCUGUUACUCAGCGGAGGAGCAGGCGCAGCAGAGACUACAGGCGGAGGAGACGGAGGAGCAGUAUCAGUCUAUCCUGCGGGUGCUCAAUGCUACAACCAGGAAGGCCCAGAAGAAGGAGUGAGUCUCCUCUGAUUUGUCUUAUCCGUCUAAUCUGUCUAGUCUUUCAGUCUCCGGUGUUUUGUCGCAUCAAGCAUAUUGAUUUGUUAAAAACAGACGCCAUUUUUCCUCCAAAAACCUGAUAAUUAUUUAAGUCUUAGAACCUGACAAAGACAAAAUAUAAUAUCACCAUCUUAGAAAGACAGAAUCAAAAUGAAGAAUAUGCUCAGAUGAAAAACAACAUGUCGUCUUUGCUGCUUAAUGAAGUUACAAAAAGCAAUAAGCCUGCUGUAUAUGAAAUGUAAUUUAUCAUGUUGCCUCAAGCCUCUUUUGUCCCCACAGACAUCGUCAUCUAAUCUGAUUCGGCUUUAUCUUUGUAAUAUGUGCUCAGUUUUUAUGCGACUGUGUUCACCACGUCCUUAUUUGUCAGAGAAGAAGGCCGACUUAUGCAUGUGUCACUCUGACUCUGCCUCAGGUUGUACGAAAAGCUGCAGAAAGUAGCGGAGAAAGGUCACCAGAAAGCCAUGGAGAAGGUGGCGUACGCCAUGCUGUUCGGGGACUACGUCACCCAAAACGUCACCAAAGCCAGGGAAAUGUUCGAGAAGCUCGCGGUGGAGGGUUCGCCCAAAGCUCAGAUGGUAAGUGAGACAAACUUACAAGAUGUGCAUGUAUCACAAAGGAAGUGUUGAAACCACCUGACCUGAGAUCUUAUCAAAUACGCUGAUAAUUAGCGCUCAGAGAACCAGUUGUGUAACAUUGUUUACUCUCCAACAGGCUCUUGGCUUUCUGUAUGCAGCGGGACUUGGUGUGAAUUCAAGUCAGGCGAAGGUAACUUCUUUAUUUAUUUAUUUAUUUAUUCAUUCAUUCAUUCAUUUAGACAGGACAGUACCAGUUCAUGGACAAGGAGAAGAAGACAUGAUACAAGAAGUCUAUUCUCAUUGUAAACCAGCCGGAGUUAGCUAAGGCUAAUUUUCAUCCGUUGUCCUCAAACAGAAAAGCAACAAAAAACAAAACAUAACAAAAAAAAACAGGAGGAAAAAACAAACAAAACAAAACAAACAAACAAAAAAAUAAAAAUAAAAUAAAAAAACAGACAACAAUACAGUAGCAGACGACAAACACGACAAAUAUAAAAACAGAAAAUAUAUAAUAUAAAAACCACUUCUCACUUAUAUCUUAUAUCUUCCCAUAGCUUCACGCAGAAGUCCCUCUCCUCAUGAAUUUUCACAUUUUCUGUUUGUUUUGUUUUUUUCAGGCUUUGGUUUAUUACACUUUUGGUGCGCUGGGUGGAAACUUGGUCGCUCACAUGAUUCUGGUGAGUCUGUCAGUAAAGAAAUGAAACAGUCCUUUUUGUCUCCUAAGUCCACACACACACUGACGCACUCCCUCUUGCUGGUCAUUAGGGAUACAGAUACUGGGGAGGCGUGGGUGUUCCCCAGAGCUGUGAGUCAGCGCUCACUCACUACAGGCUGGUGGCAAAUCAGGGUAAACAUCUACUGCCAAAAUUCUCUGAUAUCAGGUGUGAUGUUUCCAUUCCUGUUUGGAGAAUAUGUAUUUUUUUCUCCACCCUCUAGUGGCCAGUGACGUGUCCCUGACAGGAGGCUCAGCAGUGCAGAGGAUCAGGUUACUGGAUGAGGUGGAGAACCCGGGAUCGACUAGCGGGAUGCUGGAGGAGGACUUGAUCCAGUACUAUCAGUUUCUAGCUGAGAAAGGAGAUGUUCAAGCUCAGGUAUGAUACUGUCAUCAGCUACUAACAAUUAUUCCUUUUUGAUUACUAUUAUAACUAGGGGUGUCCGGAUACACAUUUUUUACUUCCGAUACGAUACUGAUAUUGUAGCUUUAAGUAUUGGCCGAUACUGAUAUUGAUCCAAUAUUGGCACAAACUUGUGCAUGGCCAGUUUUGCACUCUGUUGCAACAUCUUUUUCAGACUUUAACAAAAAAUUCUGCCAGGUUGUGGAUCAUUUGUGUGCGACUCUUUCUGCCUGGCUCGCUGCUUUGGGCUCGCAGCGCUGGCCUGAAGCGAAGAGCAAAGUUUAAGUGUCACUCUUAGAAAACAAACGUUGAACGUGACGUUGUCUGACUCUGAAGACUCUUCAUUUUUGUGCUUAUGGUGUGAGGAAGGCCGAUGAUGCAGCUGACCGCUUGGCUUGAGCGCAGCGGAGCGGCGCUUCAUUGCUUUGAUCUUUCACAUACUUUAUGUCAUUUUCCAGCGCUAAAAUAAGACUCUGUAACAUAUUUUGAUAUUAUAAGUGUUGGGUCUAAAACCUGCAACAAAUGACUGAAAACAUAUAAAGAAGAGAAAGACAAUGGUUUCUUACUCGAGGAGAAUGGACAGAGAUAGUUUCAGUUGCAAUCUCAAAACCAUUCUGAAGGUAUUUCCGCCCAGUCUCUUUAUUUAGGGUUGUCCCUGGUUACACAAUGUUACUAAAGGGUGGGGGAAAAAUAUGUGAAGCAACGUAAGCAUUCUCAUAAAACAUAAUUAUGAACAACAGAAAAUAUGUGAGGGUCAAGGCAACAUUGUUGACAUCAAACGAGCUCCUUCUGAUAGGAGCGGAUCCUCCUUAUUACUUCCCACGAUUCACAGUGGAGGAUACAUCACACACACACACACACCUGCUAAUAGGAGAAACAAGUUCACAGAGAAGUUAAGAAACAUUCAUGUGCUGUGUAAUAAAGCUAUUGGAGAGAGAAGUUAGAAAACACUCUUAUAUGAUGUGUAACAAGAGGUUAAAACAGUCCUUACUUGUAGCAAACUCUUACAUAAGAAUUUGAGUAAGAUGAUAACUUCUAUAUACAUUUAUACACAUUAUUCUGACAUUAAACAUGGCUUUCAUGUACUCUUAAUAUUUAUUUCAGAUGAAAUCUGGCCAAAUAGAUCGACAUGUGCUCAAUUUAUGCUAUUUUCUGGGAGUUAAUUAAUUUUCAUGUAUUCGAAUAUUCAGUUUCAAAAUGGUCGUUUAAACAUCAGUGAAAUUAACCUCUGGGAACAUCCCUAAUUUCUGCCACACGGUUGACAUCACUCCUACUCCUCGCUAUUUUUUUUGUACCUUAGUACACUCUGUUGUUGUGAUAACAUGGGCUCUGCAUGCUGGAUCUGGGCGCUGCUAGAUAGAGGUACUGAAGCGGAGUCUUGGAAUGGACUGCUUGUAUCAGAGUGCUGAUAUUAGAGAUUUUAGAUGCAGGCUGAUAUAAUCCAAUAUAUAUAUGUUUUUUUGCUGGUAUCCUUUAUCAAUAUCGUAUCCGGACACCCCUAAAUAUAACCAAAACUAAACCAGAUAGAAACUUUGAUUUUUCACCUUUUUAUCUGCAUGUAUUUUUCACAUUACUAUGUUGCAAGUCACUGAAGUUGACCGGUUACUUUCUCUCUCCUUAUAGUUGGGACUAGGUCAGCUAUACCUGCAUGGAGGACGUGGAGUGGAGCAGAAUUACCAGGUGACAUUUUGAAUACUCUCUCUGACGCAGCAUCAUCAAAGUAAUGUGUUUUUUUUUGCACUAGUGAUUGGCACGUUUACACAUAUUUAUGGUGAUUUUUCUCCAACAGAGGGCGUACGACUACUUCACUCAGGCCGCAAAUGCAGGGAACACACAUGCUAUGGCUUUCCUUGGAAAAGUGAGUGAAAUCCCUUUUUGGAGUGAAGGUGAAACGGUUUAAUAGUUUCAGAGUACAGCAAACAUUUGUAAUACUCAGCAAACACUGGCGCACAUUCAAAUGUGUGUUCAAGCCAUCUGUUUCCACUCGUGUUGGUAAACAUUAUGAAUAUGUAGAUGAUCCUGCGAGACGACGAGGCAGAAGCAGAACAAAAAAAGAGCUAAUUACCCGGCGUGCGUUUGUGUUUGAGGGUCGGCUUCAAAGUCUGGAUUUCUAAGAGAUAUAUCCUCUUCUGUCCCUCAGAUGUACUCGGAGGGCAGCGAAUAUCUCCCUCAGAACAACGAGACGGCGCUGCAGUACUUUAAGAAGGCCUCCGACUUGGUAGGAAUAAAUCAGUGAAUUUCUCUCUUUGUCUCAAAUUGUGCUGCCUUUCUUUUUCUCCCACCCCCUAGUUCAAACUCACAGCUAUAACCUCUGGGGGGCGGUCUUCUUUUUUAUGCUGUGAUUUGGCGUGAAGUUGUGGGUUUUAUUGACUUGUUGUCUUUUCAUUCAGGGCAAUCCAGUGGGACAGAGUGGCCUGGGCAUGGCCUACCUCUAUGGCAGAGGCGUACCGGUGGUAAGUAAAACCUCCAAACAUCACAGAACUCUUUUCAAACUAUGAUGAAGUUUGAAGCGUUAACCGCCUGUGACUCAUUUUUACAAGUCAUUCGCUCUGUUUUGGUAACCUUAGAGCCACAGGUUUUGUUGUUUUGAUUAAAACGAUAGGAGUUUUUAAUCAGGUUAAACUCAUUUUGAAACUUGUUAUGAAAAUGAAACUCCAAACAUGAGUGUCCCUCAUGCAGAAACCCCUGCAGUCUUUUUUUGAAAUGCGUGUGUUUUGUGUCUCUAGAACUACGAGCUGGCACUGAAAUAUUUCCAGAAGGCGGCAGAGCAGGGCUGGGUGGAUGGACAACUCCAGCUGGGGACGAUGUAUUACAGUGAGUGUCUUCUUCAUGUUUUAUCCACACGUCUCCCUCCUGCUUCCUCUUAAAUCUGGCUAAUCUCACUUCUGCACCUAAACAUUCGACUCAUUUGUCCCCCCACCAGCUCUGAAUAUGUUCUCCUUCCUUAACACUUAGAACUCACAUGACACCAUUAAUAUUAUUUACAGUUGCUCGGGAACUAUACUGUGUAUCUCUAUGGGUUAAAAAGUGUUCAAAAGCUUACCCUUUUGGCGAUCUGUCGAGGGUCUCCAGGCAUUUCUACACCUCCCACAAGGUUUACAAUCCAACCACAAAAUAGGCAUUUGAUCAGAGAGGUUUGAUGACAAAUCUGCAGUGAUAUACCGGUGAAAACAUGAUUAUUUAUCAGAUUGUUGUGAUAAAAAAAUGCCGCUAAUGUCUAACGGACAAGCUGUUUUGAUGACGUCUUUUUCUGUCAAACUUUUGACCAAUUACAUGGUCUCAUAUUCUUCUUCUAUUGUUCCCUUGAUGGUAGUGUCCAAUAAGAGGCAACCAAAGAUCAACAAGAGACAAAAGAGUUCCCUGCUUGUCUGCAAAAUAAGAAAUUAUGGUCCUCAAUGCUUGGAAGAAGAGAUUAUGAGCAGUAUGACAUGCUCCUCUGACAGGAACUGCUUCAAAGAGUGGCAUAAACAACUGUAAAUAGCAAAAAACGCCUAGAAGAAUUAGUGUAAAUAUGUAAAUAAUUCCUGUUGUGUGUUUGUUCCAAUCCUAAUUUUUCUUCUCCUGAUAGCCAAGACUUGAUAGAAUGAUGUGCAGGUGAGAAAAGGCUUGGUCACUGUAGAUUUAUGUGUUUUUUGUGCAAAAAACUGUGGGUAUCAAUUUCCGUUUUUGUUUUUUGGUGGACUUAAUUUAUAUAAUGUGCUUGAAAGGAUAGAGUAGCUACAAACAGGCGGACCAAAAAUGGCAAAAUCGAGCUAAGAGUUCUGAGGGUUAAACAUCAUUUUCUUAUUUCUGGACUGGAUCACUUACCUUUAGCCUCCCUUUAAUUCUUUCCCUGUUUCCUAUCUCUCCUCAGACGGCAUCGGCGUGAAGCGUGAUUACAAGCAGGCUCUUAAAUUCUUCAACCUGGCCUCACAAUCCAGCCACAUCCUGGCUUUCUACAACUUAGCUCAGAUGCACGCCACCGGUACAGGCGUGAUGCGGUCCUGUCACACCGCUGUGGAGGUGAGUUAAUCUGUCUUUGUAACCAGUUUUACUCCAGUGUUUCGUCUUUACACUCUUGUAUCUUGACUCACAAAGUGAUCCACUGUGUUUCCGUGUCUUCUCCGCAGCUUUUCAAGAACGUGUGCGAGCGCGGCCGCUGGUCAGAGCGUCUAAUGACGGCAUAUGGCAGCUUUAAGGAAGGGGACACAGAUGCUGCGCUGGUCCAAUAUCUGCUGCUGGCUGAGCAGGGCUACGAGGUGGCUCAGAGCAACGUGGCCUUCAUUCUGGACCAGAGUAAGCUAAACAUGCCGAGUCAAGUUUAGACACCAUCAGUCAGUUUUCUCUCUCACUCUGCAGGAGUAGUUUUACAGAAUAAGUGUGAACAUAUCUACUCUUACAGCUGCCUCAGAUGAAUCAAUUUUGUGUAAUUCUGGAGUAACUAUGAAAAUCAUGAUCUUAACCUUUUAAAUGUUCUUUUCUUUCUUCUUUGUUUGGACCAUUAUGUAAAGAAGGUGCAAAGAUCUUCAGCGAGAAUGAGACGUACCCACGCGCUCUGCUCCACUGGACGAGAGCUGCAGCACAAGGUAAACUAGAUUCAAAUGAAGCGUUCCCUCUUUUUAUAGAAUCCUGGCUACAAAUGAGAGUAUAAGGAGAGUAUAAUAUGUUUUCUCAUACGUCGUCUCUCCCAGGUUACACUGUGGCGAGGAUAAAACUCGGGGAUUAUCACUUCUAUGGCUACGGGACAGACGUGGACUAUGAGACGGCUGUCAUCCACUACAGGCUGGCGUCAGAGCAGCAGCACAGCGCACAGGCCAUGUUCAACCUGGGCUACAUGCAUGAGAAAGGACUGGGCAUCAAACAGGUGGGCAUGAAGUCUAAUGAAUAAAGCCGGCCUCCGACCCCCAGAGGUUUUGGUGUAGACGUUUGGUAACCUGACCCCCAAUUUCCACCGCAUCCAGAACGGGUACAAAAAGGCCGUAUCCGCCUAUCGCAGCUGAUCGUAACCACGAAAUUCACCUUGCAUACAGAUCCGGUAGGAAUUGACGGAUAGUGAAAAAUCACAGCUGUUCCGGAUGCGGUGAAAAUCUGGGGUUAGGGCUUUAACGGCUCUGAUUUUACUCCGUUUUAACAGUUUCAUAACAAGAGCUACAGGUUUGGGAACUUCAACCAGAUUCUUUAAUGAGUCUGGACUCGUUUAGUCCUGGUUUUGCUGACUGUAAACCUUGGACCUGAUUUGUGAUCUGGAUUGGUUCUCUGUGGUUCUGCAGGACAUCCAUCUGGCCAAGCGCUUCUAUGACAUGGCUGCCGAAGCCAGCCCCGACGCCCAGGUCCCAGUUUUCCUGGCUCUGUGCAAGCUGGGUUUAAUUUACAUCCUGCAGUACCUGAAGGAUCUUAAUGUGAGUACUCGCUCUUCAGCCAGAGCCAGGACCGUUUGGCUUCGCUGAGUAUCAACGCCGACUUUCUACUUCACAGUCUAAAACCCAAAUUAAUCCUGGCUUGUCUUCUCCCAUCCGUCUCUUGUCAGUUGAAGGAGCUCAUUUCUCAGGUGGACCUGGACCAGCUCCUGGGUCCAGAGUGGGACCUCUACCUCAUGACCGUCAUCGCUCUCCUGUUGGGCACAGUCAUCGCCUACAGACAGCGCCAGCAUCAAAUCAUAGUCCUCCCGCGCCCUCCGGCUCCCGCCCCUCAGCCCGCCCCCGCCCCGCCUCCAAGACCGCCUCAGGAACAGAUGCAAGACACGGCCGAGCCCCAGGGUCAGGGGGAGGCACAAGCCCAGGGCCCGGCGCCUGAGGAAGAGGAGCAGCAGUGA